CACGUGGACUGCUCUGGAAUGCGGAAUUUUGGACAAUGGGUUUCGGCAUAACUAUUCAUAACCUUUGAGUGCUGCAUAAUACUUUUUAUGUCCUGUGUGUAAAAAUGAAAUAAGAGAGUAUCUGGAGUUUUUCACAGCCAAGAAAACGUCUACUGUCGAAUCGCGUUCAUGCUCAACGUGGAACUAUAAAAUUAAACAUAGAGGAUUGCCCGCCAUUGGUAAGUUGGUAUAAUAAUAUACUGAAGAGUAAUGACUAAGCAGUCAAGAAAGUAAUACUAACCUGACUAGUGAUUAUACGAUAUGGUAAAAGGAAAACAACACGAAAGAUUUAGAGUUCGACUGUGAGUCAUCGAAUUACUCUGGAGAAAAAAUAAAUGCAAUCUUAACUGGACAAAACUGUCAAAUGGUUUGUCUUUGGAAAUAACUCUUUGCAGAAUGGAUCAUCUUUGUGCUAUCUAAAAAUUUCAACAAAUUUAUGCGUGUGGCUAGAAUAGAAAUAUUGGCAAAGCAACAUAGAACAAAAAUCUUGCACGCUUAUUUUUUUUUCACUUUGCAUCUAGACAGACGUGAUCUUUGUUUCCCGUUUCAGCUUCCGAUACUCAUGACGAUUUGAGCCUAUAACAACAACUUAAUCCACGCCUAAAAUGUGCUACUUUCUGCAACGUAGAGGGAAUAAAGAGAUUAUUUUUCCUGUUACACCUCUUUUGUCUGACACUGGUUUAACCUUUUAUUUGCCGGAACGGGAACUAUUCCAACAUUUAAAAUCUUUACUCGAAGGAGGAAAAAUUUUUACUCCUUCGAUGUCUGGCUACCGAUUGUGCGGUGGUUGAUCGUAAAAUCCGUUCACAAAAGAGACAGAAAGCCCAAAAAUUUAUUACAUAAUGUCUUUUACUUAAAAAAAAAAAAUCCUCUAUAAUAACGGGUAUUCAUAAAAGUGAAAUUCUUUUUACAGACCUUUAAUUCUGUUAAUGUAAGAAUUUAAUUGAACUUAAUUCAUGUUAAGACCCAUUAAUUUGCUGAAUUUAUAGAUAAAAUUGUGAGUUUUACGACAGUUGAUAGCAUAGCUAAUCUGGCAAGAGAAUGACUCGUUUUUUUAUGAGUAGGAGACCUGUUGACAUUAGUAUAAUCCAUUUUAGUGGUUACGGUUAUAAGUGCCCGCCAGUGAUUUACAACUUGGUCCAACGAUAGAAAUCUUUGGUAGUACUGUUUAAGCUUAAAACUGACUCAAGCUCACUGAAUGAGCUAAACAUAAAGCGAUUUACAGUUAGAACUAGAGAAAUUGCGAAAAGUAUUAUUUUCAGCACGUAACCGAGAUGUUGCGGCUCGGUUGUUCCUGCUCCGCGCCUUUAUACUGCAGCACUUUGCGUCUCGGUUCCCUGCCACUCUCAGGAAACCAAAAUCCAUGCCCGUUCUUUUUCUGACAUACUCUGCGCCCAUCUAUCACUCUGGCUGCUCCAAAUCCUUCUAACUUCUCAGGCUUCUCCACGGUGCCCUAAAAAAUAGGUUUUGUAGUAGGCUAGAUGAUGGCCUGUCUGUAUAAUUUUAAAACUAAAUUAAAUACUCUGUUUGGUGGUAGCAAGCAAGUAGGUCUUCAUUUGAUCCCCUAGAAACUUCUAAGAGUUCAGAGUUUUAGCUGUUUCCAAAUCGUCCCUGGCCUGAAUUAGACCAAGUUUAUUUGUGUUUUAGUUUAGAUGGGUUUUGACAAGCGGGUAGCCAAAAAUGGAAGUACAAAUUGAAUUAUCGAUUGAUUAUCCAUCUGUUGUUAGUUCUACGAAGGUAAAGUGGAUGCCGAUAUUACAUGCACUUACACAAGUCAAAGCUUGCCUGCUCUAAAGUAUCGUUUCUAUCUCGCUUUAUUAUUAUUAUUAUUAUUAUUAUUAUUAUUAUUAUUAUUAUUAUUAUUAUUAUUAUUAUUAUUAUUAUUAUUAUUACUUCGCACGGAAUUUGAUUAAAUACACCGUAUAGCAGCAACCUCAGUUCUUUGAUGAAAAAACACUUGCAUUCUUUUUCAGGGUACUUUACACAGCUACAUGGAAAAUAAGUCAGGCCAUAGACACGAGAGCAGCAGUGCUACAAAGGGAUACCGCCUCUUUGACGAGGAAACACUCAAUUUCUUCUUGUACGGAAACAGGAAAGUUAGGGUUAUUGAUGUGAACAAGCUGAAAAGAAAUGCUGAAAAUCAUCAAGGUAAUAAUUUAAUGAGCUGUACAAUGCACCAGGAUAUUUUAUCGUUUCCAGAAGAGCAAACGUUUAGUUAAACAUCUUAAGCGAAAACUUAGACAGUGACCUACUUUGUUAAGAAGGAGUUCAACUAGAGACAUAAAAUCUACCCAGGCAAUUUAAAAAGGAGUGAAAAGGAAGGCUCACAAGGAAUUUGAACAAAAAGUUGAACAAUACGUGAAGCAUAAGACUUCUUUCAUUGCGCAAAUACAGUAUCGGUUAAGGAGCACUUCAAACUUUCCAUCGCUCGUAUUAAUCCUAGACUCCGUCCAAUCUUCCACACAUCUUUCCACACAUCAUAAGUUAUUUUUGUUUUCUUUGCACAAGUUGCUGCGAAAUCAAAUCAAUCCUUGCAAUGAAUAGACAAGAAUUAGCGCGGUGUAGAAUCAAUAGCCAUGAUUAUUGUUCUCUUGUUCUCUUUGUAUUACGUAUUCAUUAUUUACAACCUGAUUGUUCUCAAAAUUUCCGCUUUCUCAGUUGUUUACAAUUUUCAAGGAAUUAUCAUGACGUUUCAGCAAAUUUAUAAGUACAAUACAUUUGACUUGCCAAUUAUCAAUAUCAUCUUAGCGGAUUACCCACUUAAACAACUUGGCCCUCUACCAAGAAAUCUGACAGCUUUUUAAGAGUUUUACUAAAACUCUUUAAUAGCUGUCAGUACCCUCAGCAGAGAGCGGAAAGAACACUUAGAAAAAGGUGUGUUGCAAGGAUUCUGAAGGACCGAAAGUUUUCGUUUCCUUUCGUAGACGCUGCCUAAGAUAAUAAUUAGUCCGGCAUUCUAAAGGGUUUAUUUUGGCUUAUAAGGUUAUGACCUUAAUUUAAUGUUCUACGCCUCCUUACCUUAUUUCAGCGUAAAUAUUUUUCAAGAAGCGUUCAUAAGUUUCAAUCUAACAGUUACAGCCAAAACAGCGGUACUGAAAAUUUUAGCCUCCCUCGGGCAGGUUAGUCGGCACUCUGAUAACCCCACUAGGAAGACGGAAUUUAACAACGCCAGCGGCUAGUUUGCAAUUAACGACUUCAGGGGCACCCAACGAGAAUAUAGUUCAAAACCACUUAAACAUAGCAUUGUUGAAUGUAUUUUAGUAUUUAAAAGGUAGAUAUAGGCAUAUUUUUAUCCCCUAAAACUUUUUCAUCUGUUCGGAUUUCUUAGCUGAAAGUAUUUUUCCGAAAAUUAUAGGGAUCAAAACUUACCUUUUCGAAAAUUUCAGCCCGAAAAAAGGCUCCCGAAAAUUCUAGGUGACCUUUUUAGGGUAAAAAUCCGUUAAAAAUGGGCAAUUAUACCAUUUUUUAGAUGUUCGAAAAUCCUAGGAGAGGCAAGCACGCAAGAAAUUAUACAACAAAUGUUCCGAAAAUUCUAGAUCUCAAAUCGUCUUCCGAACAGAUAUUUUCCGAAAAUUGACGUUGGGUGCCCCUGCGACUUCACCAAUCGCUAUUUAGUAUAAUCAAGAGGUCAUAACUAUGGCUCGUGGUGUAAUACACCCUUCCAUGUUUUUUUAAUUUCAACUUUUGGCAUGGACAAGUUAGGGAAAAUCCAUCGACUCCACUGGAAAGAGAGCCUUCAAAUUAGUAAAAUUGCCAAGUUUGAAAGGGAUUUGUUGAAAAUUAACAAAGAUAUACUCCUCAAAGUCAUGAAAUUUUUAAGACGUUUGUAUGGGGGGGGGGGGGGGAAAAACUUUGGGGGGGAAGGGGGGUGGAAAAAACAGUAUGAAAUUUUUCGCAAGUUUGGAGACGUUUAGGGUCACACCAAAACAUUAACAACAAAUGUAAUUAGCAAUGGAGAGUGUAAUUAUAGAAAGAGUGCGAGUGGAUUAGAGGAUGUUAUAAUAAAAAAAAAAACAAUAUUUCCAAAGACAUGAGAUUUUUCGGAGGUGUUUUUGGGGGGGGGGGGGGCACAAACUUUAGGGGGAACAGAGUCUGUAAACAACAGUCUGUAACUUUUCGCAACUUUGCGGACCUAUAUCGUCACACUAAAGACGUAUCACUUUCAAACUUAGCACGUUUAUUAAUUUUAUGAGGCUGUUUUCAGUGGUGUCGACAGAUUUUCCCUAACUGGUCCAUGUCAAAAGUUGAAAAAACCGUGGAGGCAGCUCCUCUGCAGCCUGAGAAGGGUUUGCAGCAACUUCAUUCCCAGGAUCUUCUACUACUCGUCCUCCGAAGCUAGAGAGAAAGGAGCGAGUAGGAGAGGAAGCUGGGAACGCGGUUGAUUUUGGAACUCAGGAGAUAGCACCAAAUUUGGCAAUCAGUGAAAACCGAACCAUCUCUUGUCUUUUACUUCUUUACUGUUGAAUUCAGAACCUUCCACUUCAAAGAAGCAGAAGCUUACCUCUGGCAAGGAGGAACCUCCGCUUACAAACGCUAUAAGAUCAUUUCCCGAUGAAGUGCAGCUCUGUUUAUCAAGUCUCCCAGGGGCAAUCUACGGUGUAUGUGCCAAAGAGCACAUUCCCUUGGGAACGUGGAUUGGUCCGUAUGAGGGCAGACGAAUUCCUCCUCAGCACAACACGCCAGACAUAGAUUCUUCUUACCUUUGGGAGGUAGGUUUUGUUGGAGUUUUGAUUUCUCAGAUGCCUCGAAAGAACCUACGCAUAGCACAUCUUUCCACACGUUCCUGGCCCAGAAUACGCUAUUUUAAAACCGUUUUCUGCACCAGUACCAGUACAGUAAUUUGCACCACUCAGAUUUCAAGAGAGGUAUAUUCUCUCUUGGUGAUUUCUUCGAAACAUACGCUUCCUUUCGGUUGGAUUUCACCUCACACUGCUCCCUUAAUUUAAUUUAACAGGCAAAAACUGUACCUUUCAUUCCCUAGUCAAAACUAAUGCAGGAAGAUUAACUCAAGAAUGGACGGAUUUUAUAAAUCUAACACCGUUUCUCCGCAAGUCUGCAACUUAUUCUAAAGUACACUGAUGCAGAUUUACAGACCUUAUAGCCCACUUCAUCUCAACAGAUCUCAUAAAAAAAACCCGUUGUCUCUGUGGCCCAAUUCAUGUAAUGUCGUUAAUCAACUAAAAAUGCCAGAUGUGUUCUAAAUUUCAAUAAUGGUGUUUCAGGUAGGCUAGCUUUUGAGUCUGGAAACAGCCUUCAAGCUUUUUUAGUUUCGUAUUCAAACAAACGAAUUAGUGUGAACAGUACUUCAAUGGUGCUUUUUAAGAACGGUUUGUAUGCUGUAAUGCUAUUUACAAAUCACAUUUUUUUAAUGAGCGGUUUAUUAUGCUAUUCAAAUUAGUUGUAGCUGCUGAGUCUGAUGAUAAAAUACUUAGAAAAAGCAAAUUCUAUUUCAAACAUAAACGCGACAUCCAAGAUUGGAACCUGGUCAUUACUUAACUCAGUUGUUGCCUUUGUUCUUGUAGAUCUUCAAAGACGGCAAACUAAGUCAUUUUCUAGAUGGAAGUGAUGAAGAAAACUCGAGUUGGAUGCGCUUCAUUCGCUGUGCGCGUCACCCAAAGGAACAAAACCUUUAUGCGUUCCAAUAUUGCGGGAACAUCUUUUACCGCGCAUUCAAGGAAAUCCCACCGGGUAGAGAGCUGUUGGUGUGGUACGAUGAUAAAUACCCUCAGUUCCUCGGAAUUCCUUUGGGAAUGCAGGAUUAUGAAUUCUACAGAGAAUCUGGUAGGAAGCUGAAUUAUCACUAUCUCAGAAUUUAGAGUCAUGCUGUACUUAGCCUAACAAAACAGCUGACCUGUCGCGACACCUCCACUGGUUUCCCCGAAAGAUCACUUCUGAGGAACGAGCGCAGAAAUUCCAUACUGAUGACACAUCACUACCCAGAUCUGGGUAGUGCUUCUGAUUGGUUGAAAAUUUGCUUCAUACAAUCAGAAGCAUCACCCAGAUCUGGAUGAAAGACAGAAUUUAUCAGCUCCUUUCUCAGAUACCAUUUCGCGGGGUAUCCAGUGGUGGCGUCUCGAAAUGUCAGCCGUUUCCUCAGGCUAUGUUGUACGUCGUCCUAAAAAGUACUAAACGAAAAAACUGCUGAGCACUUUUUAUUAAAGUGGUCACACUUAAAGUAUUUGUCUCCGUACGUACUGAUACAAAAAUGAGACUCAACAGUUACAUGAAUCUUUGCCCCCCGCGUGCGUGGACUAUAACUCUGCCACGGCGAAAGUACCAAAUUAAGUCCAAUGUACAUAGUUCCAUGAAGUUUCCUUUUCUCUUGCUAUUUUCCUUUUAGUGACGUCUUUAAAUCCACGAGGUUCUCCAAAGAUAAGCUCGUCAUCUACACAAGUAAAUUCGUCCAAUCAAGAUCCUAAACAAUACGGUGCCAGGGAUUCCAGGAACAAUCCACAUACAGGAAGCUUCAGAGCUCCUUUGACACACGCUGUGAAACCUCGCUUUACUCGCCCAAUAGGUAGUAUGGGAAGUUCAUUUGGCAGGGAGCAUUUUAGUUCAACACCUAUAAGAGGUGGAAGUGGAUUUACAGGCCCCUUACGCGAAGGGAACAAAGGAACUGAGAUGCUUUUGAUUCCACCUAGUGCAAAUGACAAGCACUUGAUAAGGACAUCCACUUCAGGGUCCUCACUAUUCUCGAACAAAAAUAUGUAUCAAAUGCAAACAAGGAAGAGCGACUUAAUACCAACAACUGAUCAAUUAAGCGGUGAAAGCUUAAAAAGUAGUUCUACACAGGGACAGUCAUCAAACAAACAGCAACUGAAACCUCAGGAUGGCAUGACUGAAAUGAGAGAUUCUUUUGCUCCAAAUGGCACGGCACUUUCUCAGAGAGCGAUGUUCGCAUCGGAGGUGUCGAGACCACCAUUUACUAAAAGUGAGUAUUCAUCCGUUCCACCACUUAUUCCAAGAAAGCACUUACACUAUAGUGACGGUAUGUUGUAGAUAAGAGACAUGAGGGGAGAGUGAAAUGAGGAUCACAUCAACGUCAUCCCACCAGAAUGCUAUUGUCAUAAGCACUGCCAAACUUCAUCAUCAUCGUCAUUACUAUCGUCGUCAUCAUCACAACAGCACCUCAUGGCAAGCUUUGACAACUGUGCAAGUGAAAAGGCUUAUUGAACAUUUUGAAGUUUGAAGUGUAAUGGUGUAGUUUUUGGGAAGAAAAAACUUCUAAGCGCAUUAUUUUUUCUUUUUAACGAACUGAAGUGUCUUACAUAGGUUUUCCAAAGUGACGAGCCCAAAAUUGAUGAACUACCAUAGUUAUAAAGCCACAGCUUAAGAUUAGGCCAAUGAUCGUGGCGAAAAAUACCUUUUCUAACUCAAAAAAGAGGUUAAAAGCCUGAUGACUGGUGUGCAAAAAAAGAACUGUAAAAACGUGGUUUUUGAAACUUAAGCUUUUAUUUUGUAGAGUUACCUGAUAUUAUAGAACGCUAAAUAAAAACCAUACCAUGACUUUUCCAGAUGACCAACAAGUGUCUCCGCGCACAAGUGAAGGACCAGCAUUCAAGCAGGAGCAUAACUUUGAGCGGACAAUGCCAACUCUACAUCCGUAUUUACCGAAGACUCCUCCUCUUCAAAGAAUAAACCACUUCAACGCUGAGCGAAUUGAUGCAUCUGGGAUACCAUCAGAGGAAUUCGGUAUGUGGCGAUGCCGGCAGUGCUUAAAAACAUUUACACAGCGGGUGUCGCUUCAAAUGCAUGAGUGCUCCAAGGCUCCUGAGAAACCCUAUCAGUGUGGACAAUGUACUCUUUCAUUCGCUACUCCAUCUGCGCUGAGAAGUCACGUGGAUUUGCAUACUAAUGACAAGCUGUACAAAUGUGGUUUCUGUUCUCGCGCUUUUUCGGGUGCGACAACGUUAAACAAUCACAUACGCACACACACGGGUGAAAAACCCUUCAAUUGUGACAAAUGUAACAAGACAUUUUCACAAGCUAGCCAUUUAGCAAGGCACCAGAGAGUACCAGGUGAAUGUCUAAAGACAGAUUAUACCAAUCGCGAUGCUAAAUGUUCAAACGUUAGCUAGGACCUGUGUAUAUGCACAGGAAUUUUCCCUAGAUAGAUUGUUGAUAAACGCCACUUUAAUAACUUUUAUAUCUGACUGCAAUGGCUAAGAGAGAAGGAGAACUUAAUCUAUUUAGAGGCACAAUGUUCAUCUGGCUUUCUUAAUUUAUUGAAUACAUCCCGCUUUCUUCUGCAUAAACCCCGGAUAUAGUUACAAUGGCUUGGGCUCGGGAUAAAAAUUUUACCACAAAAAUUUUAUCAACUUAAAUGGGCACAUUCUUAGAAGCCAAAUUAAGGCAACUAAGUUCUUUUUCCAAAAUGUACCAACAAUCCUGCAUUGUAUUUUUUCCUGGAAAGUCUUAGAUCUGUAUUAUUAUCGAUGGAAUUAAGAGUGGGUAAUCAUCUGUUUCGUGCCCAGUUGUAGACCGAAAAAGCAGUCAGUAUUUCCAUUUUUCUAUAUCUCCAGUUUUUCAGUUUUCCGCAACAAUUUUUUAUGGUCUUUACUCUUAUCCACCAUAAAUAUGACGUCAAAAUGUUCAAAACUCAAGUUUCUAUGGUCGACGAAAGUACAGACCACGAAAAAUUGUUAUAGAUUUGUUUUUUAUAAUAACAUUGACAGUUUUGAC